GAUAUUUAAGAUGCUUGGAUGGAUUCAAGCUUCGAUAAAUGUCUGCAGAUAUAUUGGCCUGAAUCAGACCUAAGAUAUUAUUUGUCUGAUUUUAUUAGACUUCUAUUGGCUCAUUUACCAUCUGAAUUUUAUCUGUUAACACGUUAUCGAAAUAAAACUUGAAUUCUCGAAUGUUUCACAGUUCCUUCUUGGUUUCAGAUUGUAUCACUAUCAUAUUUAUGGUAAACAAUGGCCGUUUCAAUCCUUUAAAACUAUUCGCCCUCGUUGCGAAAUAUCGACACAGUCGGAAAAUGGACGUAACAAAGCAUAACUUCAAGAGCCUGCUGCCUGAGAUCGAAGAAUCAAUCAAUAAAUCUUCUUUUAUCUGCAUAGAUGGAGAAUUCACAGGUUUGAACGCUUACAGAGGAAUUUCCGCCUUUGAUCUACCAGAACAUAGAUAUGAGAAACUACAGAUAUGCGAAACUACAGACAGUUAUUCGAACCAAGCAUAUAAUUUCUAUGUAUGGCCUAGACCCUACAGCAGGCAGGCACCAGAUACAAGAUUCUUGUGUCAGACCUCUAGUCUGGAUUUCUUGAUUUCUCAAGAUUUUGAUUUCAAUAAACUCUUCAAGGAUGGGAUAUCCUACCUCAGACCAGCAGAACUAGAGAAGUUACGUGUUCAGGUUCAAGAUCGCCAGGAGUACAGGAGAAAUAAUAUGACUCCAGAACAGAAUAUUACUGUACCUGCUGAACAGCAAGGGUUCUUGAAAGAUAUAUGUUCCAAGUUGCUCAAAUUUCUUAACAGCUCUGAACCUAAUUUAGAACUUGACAGAGCAAAUGCGUUUCAAAGAAGAUUAAUCUAUCAAACAGCUAGAGAAAAAUAUCCUGGACUAAGUUUGUCCGGACUGACCCGUGCAGGAGGGGAGAGAGUAAUAUCUGUCUCUAGGGUAGGAGAAGAACAACAGAAAAUACUUGCCAGCACACAGGACGAAUUAGAACUGUCUGAUCUAGAAGAUGCUUUUGGAUUCUCCAGGGUCAUUCAAACCAUAUCUCAGUCUAAAAAGUUGGUCGUAGGUCACAACAUGGUGCUUGAUGUGUGCCACACCUUAAACCAGUUCUGUAGUCCUCUCCCCACAACAUACUCAGAUUUCAAGGAUAUGGUCUCCACAGUUCUACCAAACAUUAUUGAUACAAAGUUGAUGGCGAACACAAUACCGUUCAAGGAUGAAAUUUAUAACUCUGCUCUCAAAGAGCUCUUCAAUACAGUCUCUGAGAAACCAUAUGUUAUGCCAGAGAUUACUGAAAGGAUUGCCGGAUGUGGGUAUUCCCUUGGUACAGAGAAAUAUCACGAGGCCGGAUAUGAUGCCUUUAUCACCGGUCUUUGCUUCAUCUCAAUGCAAAGGAGGUUAAUGAAACUGUGUGGAAAUAAACCUGCCGGCGUUGACGCCGAUUCUCUAGAAAUACGUCCUUUCCUAAACAAACUGUAUUUAAUGAAGGUUUCUGAUAUACCGUACAUGAAUCUAUCUGGUGAAGAUCUGGUUCCUGAGAGGAAUCAUGUUUUCCAUCUUGAAAUACCGAAGGACUGGAAAACUCCGGAUGUUGUUCACCUGUUCUCCCAGUUUGGUGGCGUAAAUGUUUCCUGGAUUAACGAUUCAUCAGUUUUUGUCUCCCUGAGGGAGAAAACAUUCGCGAACACAGUUCUUCAGGUGUUACGAGGCGGAACAUCUUACACUAUAAUUAGCUAUGAUGGGUACCUGACUAAUCUAAAGAAAGUAAAGAUGAAUGGAGAGAAUUCCUCUGAAUCCUUCUCCUCCCCAAUUCCCAGCUCUGCUCCGAGUACUCUGAGUAGCACCGGACCCCGGAGAUUAGAUCUUCCGCCCCAACGAGCUCUCCAUACUAGAAGAGUAAACCUAACCUCAGGGAUAACUCCAACCCUGGAGAAAAGUUUCCGGGACGGAGUCGGAGACAAGGUUGAGAAGAAAGGAGAGAAGAAACGUUCUGUGUCCCCGGAUCCAAAUCCUGGGUUUAAGCGAAGUAAGAGUAUAGUUGAGGAUAAACAGUUUGAUGAACCACCCUGGGACUAGAGGGCCCCAGGCAGGUGAGGCUUCCAGACCUUACCUGCCACUUUUCCAUCUUCCAGACCUCACCUGCCGCUUUUCAAUUUUCCAGCCCUCACCCGUCACUUUUCCAUCUUCCAGCCCUCACCCGCCACUUUUCCAUCUUCCAGACCUCACCUGCCACUUUUCAAUGUUCCAGCCCUCACCCGUCACUUUUCCAUUUUCCAGACCUCACCUGCCACUUUUCAAUGUUCCACGCCACUUCUCGAUUUUCAAACCCCCACUCGCCACCUUUCAAUUUACCAUAUCCCAACCGCCACUUUUCAAUCUUUCGUCCACCACCCGCCACUUUUUAAUUUUUUAUCGCUCACCCGCCACUUUUCACUCUUCCAUCCACCUCCUUCAACUGUUCAAUCUUCCGUCCCUCACCCGCCACUCAAUCUUCCGUCCCUCACCCGUCACUCAAUCUUCCAUACCUCACCCGCCUCUUUUUAAUAUUUCAUCCCUCAACCGCUACUUUUCAAUUUUCCAUCUUUCACACGACACUUUUUAAACUUCCCUACCUCACACGACAUUUUUUAAUCUUCAACCCCCCACCCGCCACUCAAUCAAUCAAUCUUUAAACCCCUACCCGCAAUUUUUCAAUCUUCCAAAUUAAUUUUUAAUCCUUCAUCCGCUACUUACAAACGUUCAUUCCCAAUCAAUCAAUUAUACUUAUAACUUUAAUGAACAUAUGUAUAACUCAUUAAAUAUAUUGAAUGAUGAUUAAAAUAUACGAUAAUUUCUUAAA